ACAGAAAAAAUAAGAAGAACAAACACAAAAAUGUCGUCUUCUUCUUCUUCACCUAUUGUUCAACACAUCUCAGAGUGUUACAUCAAACCACUUUACGAAUCCGAGGAAUCCAAAAAACCUGUGUAUUUAUCAUCAUGGGAUUUAGCUAUGCUCUCUGUUCAUUACAUCCAAAAAGGUCUGCUUUUCACUAAACCUUCAUCUUUUAAUCUUAAUCUUUUUUUGCAAAAACUUAAAGAAUCACUCUCACUUACCCUUGUCCAAUUUUACCCUUUAGCUGGUCGUCUUUCUACACUUAAACAAGAAAAUCCCCCUCUUUACACUGUCUUUAUUGACUGUGUUAAUACCCCAGGUGCAAGGUUUAUUCAUGCUAAUCUUGGUUUAACUAUUAAUGAUAUUCUUUCACCAAAAGAUGUUCCUUUAGUAGUUCAAUCAUUUUUUGAUCAUGAUAAAGCAAUUAAUCAUGAUGGGCAUGAAUUAUCUUUGUUAACUAUUCAAGUUACAGAAUUAAUUGAUGGGGUUUUUAUAGGUUGCUCAAUUAAUCAUGUAUUAGCUGAUGGUUCUUCUUUUUGGCUUUUCUUUAACUCUUUUUCUGAAAUUGUCAAAGCCAAUAAUAAUGGACAGAAACAGAACAUUCAACCUAUUCAUAACCAUUGGUUUCCAAAAGGACAUGGUCCAAUUAUUAAUCUUCCUUACACUCACCAUAAUCAAUUCACUAGUAGACAUGAAGCUCCAAAUAUGAGGGAAAGAUUUUUCCAUUUUUCAGCAGAGUCUUUGAAAAAACUCAAAGCAAAAGCAAAUAUAGAGUGUAAUACAACCAAGAUUUCAACUUUACAAGCUUUGUCAGCUCAUAUGUGGAGGUGCAUAACUAAAGUUAGAAAAUUUCCAUCUGAUCAAAUGACAAGUUGCAGAAUGGCUAUAAAUAACAGAGCAAGAUUAGAUCCUCCAUUGCCACAAGAAUAUUUUGGUAAUUGUAUUCAAACUGUUCGAGGAAAUGCCACAGCUGGUGAAGUUCUUGAACAUAACCUUGGCUGGGCAGCUUGGAAAUUGCAUCAAGCUGUGAUUAAUCAUAACAAUAAGGAAAUUCGUGAAUGGGUUGAGAAACUGGAAUCUGGUAUGGUUUAUCAGAUGGGAUUUUUUGAUCCUUGUAGUAUUAUGAUGGGGAGUUCACCAAGAUUUGAUAUGUAUGGAAAUGAAUUUGGAUUGGGAAAAGGCGUGGCAUUGAGAAGUGGAUAUGCAAAUAAGUUUGAUGGGAAAGUGUCUUUGUAUCAAGGAAUUGAAGGUGAUGGUAGUAUGGAUUUGGAAGUUUGCCUUUUAUCUGAGUUUAUGGCUUCUCUUGAAUCUGAUGAGGAGUUCAUAGACAGUUUGUCAAGUUAAUUAGGUGUUGUGAUGUUGUAGAAUUUGUCAUGCAUGUUUGCGUUGAGCCGAGGUUCCAUCAGAAAUAGUGUCUUUGCCUGUACAAGGUAGGAAUAAGGCUGCGUACUCGUUACCUUUUCCAAAUUGCAUUUGCGGGAAUACACUAGCUAUAUUAUUGUUGUUGUUGAUGUAUUGUAUUUGCUUUUCAAGAAUGGUGUAUGGUCAAUAAUGAUCAGUUUGACUUUGGGGAAUAAUAAGAUUUGCUUUCCUUUGUGAGUUUAA